ACGUCAGCCUGCUAGAGAUCUGGAUCCAGAUUGACCCAAAUCCAAAAGGACUGUAUCUGGGGCCAACACAACCCAGAACAGCUGUUGGCUGCUAUUGUAGAGAUUUUGUUUUGGGCAUUCUUGCCCUCAUGCUUGGACUCCUUCAGACACUGAGACUCGACAGUCCGAAGCCAUGGAGGACUCCAACACUAAAGAAGCAGGUGCUGCUGCGGAUGCAGAGCUAGCCAAAGCUAUAAUGGCUCGGCAGUUCCGCCCCUCUCUCAUUGGCCCGGAGGCUUGGGAGGGCUACAUCUUUUCUGAUCUGGAGAUCCGUAUCAAAGAGUCUACAGACCUCUAUGGAGCUGUACUCUGGCCCUCAGCGAUGGUGUUGUGUCAUUUCUUAGAGACCAACCGAGAGAAAUACAACCUGACAGACAAAAAUGUGAUUGAACUGGGUGCUGGGACUGGGCUGGUCACCAUCGUAUCCAGCCUGUUAGGUGCUAAGGUGACCUCCACUGACCUACCGGAUGUGUUGGGGAACCUCCAGUACAAUGUUAUGCGAAACACCAAGGGCCGAUGCAAGUACAUCCCUCUGGUCACAGAGUUGAUCUGGGGUCAGGAGGUGGAGCAACGUUUCCCACGUGCCACACAUUGUUUCGACUACAUCCUGGCAGCUGAUGUGGUGUACGCCCAUCCUUACCUGGAGGAGCUGAUGGACACCUUUGAUCACCUGUGCCAGGAAAACACACAGAUCCUGUGGGCCAUGCGCUUUCGUCUGGACCCAGAGAACAGCUUUGUGGAUCGCUUUCGGCAGCGCUUCCACUUGGAGCAGCUGUAUGAUCUACCCAGUCUCAGCAUCAAACUGUACCGAGCCUGGAGGAAGGACAGGCGUACCAAGGACCAAGGAGAGGCUGCUGCCUGAACUGUUAAAACAGAGGACACACAAUGAAUAUUGUAAAUGUCUCAUUCAUUCUGUAGUGUUUUCAUGGAUCUCAUGCACAAAUGUCUGCCAGUUUAACACAAGAUCAAGCUGUGGUACACGUU